GUGUGCCAGUGGGGUGCAAUUUGCGCGGAAAACGGCGGCAAUGCUAUGUGCGAAUGUCCGACUUGUCCGGCAGAAUUUCAGCCUGUGUGCGGCGAUGAUGGCAUCAGCUAUGGCAACGAGUGCAAGCUUCGCCUGGAGGCAUGUCAGCAUCGACGGGAGAUACGCGUUCUGUACCAAGGAUUGUGCAAUGGCUGCGAGAACAAGAAGUGCGAGCUUUACGGCGAAUGCGAAAGCGACAGUGCCGGAGAAGCCAAAUGCGUUUGUCCAUCAAAAUGCGAGAGUUCGGUGACAGAGCCGGCGGGUACGGAAAAGGUUUGCGGAUCCAAUGGAGUGACCUACGAUAAUGAAUGCGCCUUGAAAAGGGCGUCGUGCACGAGCCAGACCCUCAUCACCAUUAGCUACGUGGGUGACUGUGAAAUGUGCACAAGGGUGAAGUGCGAGUACGGAGCGCAUUGCGUGGCGGGUGUGUGCGUGUGCCCGAAGGUCUGCCCGGAGAACAGCGGCGAGCCCGUUUGCGGUAGCGACGUGAAAACUUACCAGUCUGAGUGCGAGCUGCAGCGAGCAGCCUGCGACAGGGACCCCAAGUUGCCGGCGUUGCACGUCACGUUUUACGGGGACUGCGGCGACAGAUUGGCCGUGGCGGCUUUGACGACCAAGUCGACACUCGCGGUGACACGCGUGGCCACCACCAUCGCCGACAUGACGAGCACGCAGGAGCGCGAGGCCUGCAAGGACAUUCACUGCGACUUCGAGGCGACCUGCGAGCUCGGCCCGGACAGGUUCCCCAGGUGCAGCUGCAGAUUCGAUUGCGCCUCCAUCCCGCCGGAGAAUAUGCGGGCCGUCUGCGGUAGCGACCUCAGGAUCUACUCCUCCCUCUGCGCCAUGAAGAUGGAGGCUUGCCAGAGGCAGCAGGAGCUUCGACUGAGGCCCCUCGAUCUCUGCGAAGGCAUGGAAGUCAAGCCUUGCAAUGGCGAUUCUCCAUUGGUAGACUCCGAAGGUAAAGAAUAUGACUGCGGUAGUGGACCAGAACGCAAAGACUGCCCUAGCAAUAGUUACUGCCAUCAGACGACACGAUUCGCUCGUUGCUGCAAGAAAGUCUUAGGGAACCAGGUGCAAAAAUGCGCGGACUCAUGGCACGGCUGUUGCCCGGACGGGAAGACCGCCGCCCUAGGUCCGGACGGCGCCGGUUGCCCGAGUUUGUGCAAUUGCAAUAGACUCGGCAGUGUGUCAGAUACCUGCAACCCGGAAACCGGUCAAUGCGAGUGCAGGCCAGGCGUGGGCGGCCUCAAGUGUGACAGAUGCAUGCCGGGUUACUGGGGACUGCCGAAAAUAAGCGAGGGCCAUCAGGGAUGCAUACCGUGCGGCUGCUCACUAUUCGGUUCCGUCAGAGAGGAUUGCGAGCAGAUGACAGGACGUUGCGUCUGCAAGCCUGACAUCCAGGGGCAAAAAUGCACAAUCUGCAACGACCACAACAAGAUACUCACCCCCACCGGAUGUUACUCAGCAGACACGAUACCGCCCAUACCUACGUCCUGCAACGAGCUGGAAUGCUACUCGGGCGGCCACUGCACCGAGAUCGGCGGCGCGCACUGCGUCUGCCCGUCCUCGUGCCCGGCGGACGUGCCGUCCUUACCGGUUUGCGGCAGCGACGGGCAGACCUACGACAACGAGUGCGAGCUAAGGCUGUACGCGUGCCGCCACCAGGCAGACGUGGUCACGCAGGCCUUCGGCCACUGCAGAGACGACCCUAUGGUUAACACGGACUUCCCCGUUAAGAGAUACACAGCUGUACAAUAUACCCAACCAGCGGCCGCUAUUUCUCCGUUGUCCAAAUCCACGCGGCAUCUCUUGGUACCGGAGCCGGACCCACGAUAUUAUUACACUCAUCGAGCUCAUCAAGAGACCAUCACCAUCGACAGAGAUAAUUUAAAACAUGGAGUAGCCGCAGCGUAUCGACCGACGCCAGCGACGAUUCGAGUGGUCACUGCUCUCCUGGGUGAUCUUUGUAACGACGACAAGGAUUGCACAAUACCUAACAGCGAAUGCUCAAACGGCGGCUGCAUCUGUUCCGAGGGCUAUGCGGAAACUAGUGAUCGGCAGGAAUGCUUCGCCAAUUACGUGCCGGUGACGCCGACCGAGGAAUUUCGCGCCUGCCUCUCGUAUCCCUGUCAUAUGACCUCGACGUGCAUCGACUUACCCAGCGCAACUUUCGUCUGUAUCUGCCGGCCAAAUUAUACCGGAUUGCUGUGCGACGAGGAGAUCAACAAGCGAGAUUACGAGAUACCAUCCUUUGACGGUAAAAGCUACGUCAGGAUGAGUCGGCUGAAAGCGUAUCACAAAUUCAGCAUCGAGGUCGAGUUCAAAACAUACGCGGACAACGGAAUCAUAUUGUACAAUCAGCAGAAGAGCGACGGCACCGGCGACUUUGUUUCGCUGGCUAUUGUCGACGGAUAUGUGCAAUUCAGAUAUAAUUUGGGAAACGGACCUGUAGUUCUCAUGUCAUCGGAAAGGGUGACCAUGAAGACCUUCCAUAGAGCGGCGGCUAAGAGGUACCAUAAGGACGGAGUGCUGAUCUUUAACGACGGCGAGGAUGUAGCCGGGCAAAGUCAAGGAAUGUUAAAAUCACUGGAUCUGAAUCAGGACACUUUCAUCGGAAACAUGCCGACUAAUUACACCAAAGUCUACGACAACAUCGGCACCAAUCACGGAUUUCUCGGCUGCAUACGCAAGCUGAAGAUCAAUCGGAUCAACGUGGAUCUUCACGUGGGUCGCGACAAGGACGUCCUCGAGAGCUACCGCGUGAAGGAGUGCGGUGACAAUGCCUGCGCCAAUUUGCCCUGUCAAAACGGCGCGACGUGCCAGCCGAUCUUCGAGGAGGAUCUGUGCAACGGCCGGGAAUGCAGGAGGCUGCAGAAAAGAGGCAAGAGCAGGAACAAUCGAGGCGGAAAGGGCGGGGUGAACAUAGUCAGAUGCCGUGGUUCCCACUGCACGUCGAUCGAGAAGACGAGGACCAAGAAGAACGCGAGGAAGCGCUGCGUCACCGGCAAGUGCGACUACGAUUACGAGCUCAAGUACGAGAACGAUUACGACCACGGCAAUUAUGCGGUGGAGAAGUACGAGCCGCCGGACUACAGAUGCAUUUGCCCGCCGCAGUUCACCGGCCGAAGUUGCGAGGAGUCGCUGGACCCCUGCAUCGGCGAGCCCUGCCAGCACGGUGCCACUUGCGACAUUCUGCCGCAGGGAGGAUACGUGUGCAAGUGUCCUCCUGGUAGAACCGGCAUACAUUGCGAGAUCCUGGACGCCGAUCUGACGGAAUUGCUGAUUCCCGAGAUGAACGGUAACGGAUAUCUGGAGCUGCCUUGCCUGGAAGGCAUCGCGAAAGCGUUCUCCAUCGAACUGUGGUUCCUCACUCGCGCGAACGACGGUCUCCUGCUUUACAACGGUCAGCUAAACAACGGCAGGGGCGAUUUCAUAAGUCUGAACCUGGUCCACGGCAGACUCGAGUUCAGAUUCAAUCUCGGGAGCGGUAUCGCGAACAUCACGUCGCCUGAUCCGGUCAGUCGCGAUAUCUGGCACUGUGUGAGAAUCAGCAGACUCGGUAGAGAGGGAGUACUUCAGCUUGACGAUGGAAUCGUCGCUAGAGGAUUAUCCGGAAGUCCUCUCACGGAAUUGAAUCUGGAAAUGCCGCUUUACGUCGGUGGAGUCAAACACUGGCGAGAAGUUCAUCGUCUGUCCGGAGCCUGGACCGGAUUGGUAGGCGCCGUGCAGAGACUAAUGGUAAACGGCAAAACAUAUCAGAAUCUCGCGGUGAAUAUUACUCAACACAACACGGAGAUUUACGAUGGUCUACCGUGUCCCAGCAAUGAGAAUCCUUGCCACAACGGCGGAGUCUGCCUUCCACUUCUCAACAGUUACCUCUGCAAGUGCGCCAAUGGUUAUAACGGUCUGCAUUGCGAAUACUUUAUGGGUUACGACGUGUCCGGUACCGAGAUAUCGGAGCGACCUGUGCGUUUCGAAGGUGACAAUUUCCUGCAAUUCAAGCACCGCUACGGUAGAAGUACUAACUCGACUAACACUACCCUCGGCGAGUACUUUGAGGAGUCCUACUCCGACUACGACUUGGAGGAGGAUGUCGACUACGAGUACGACAGUUACGAUUACACGGAACGCAGGGGACAGCAAUCGAAUAAGUUCGAGUUGCGGUUAAGAACGGUACAUCCCGAGGGUCUCAUCGCGUGGGUGGGAAGAGGAAAGUUGGAACACUUCUUUUUGUCUUUGCAUGGCGGUCACGUAAUACUCACUUACAAGAGCAAGAUUGAAAAUGUAUCAGUAAAGAGCAAGGUAAGAUAACAUUACUAUAUUGAUCAAGCAUUAUCUCGACAGUAUUUUAAUUAAAUUUUU